UCUCUCUGUGUGUGUGUGUGUGGACUUUGAUGGGGACGGCGCACAAGGACAAAAUGCCACUAAGGGGAACAGUCCCUCAGCUACGUUUGGCACCGGUUGGCUUUUAAACACUUUGGAUCUCGCUGCACAUCUGGAUUUCCCCUCAUCUUCUUCUCAUUCAGUAUUUCUCCGAACACUUUUCCUUCCUGGAGAGCGGUGAGUCACUGCAGGCGCAGGGCGAUCCGCUGCAUCCUAAUCACACAGCGGAGAGGACUUCAGCUCAUUGACAUUACAGUCAUACUUUUCUGGAGCACUUUUCUUUUUUUUUCAUUUUCUCUCUGCGCCGCCUGCACUGUAGCCUGCGUGUGGAUUCUCCACUUCUCUCUCCUCUGCUCAGAGAAGGUGGAAGGAGGAUCCGGGUGGGAACCUACACUGAAGUGUUCAGGGGAUGAAACUCUCCGUGAACCCUGCUGGAACUGACUGUUUUCAUUUUUGAUUUUUGUUUUUAUAUCUUAUAUAUUUUCCGGGACUAUUGCAUCAGUUUGCUUUUGGGGGGUGGUAUGAGUGAUCACUGACAAUGACUAUUCUGUUUGGAGACUGGAUCGCGAUUACUGCUCAGAUGAGUCUGGACGCUCAGCUGAAUAUAAAUUAGGUGUUCAGCACCACAGAUUGCUCUAGGAGGCAGAGGAAGAGAGAGACAGAGCAUAGACAAUCCACAAAGACAAAUGCCAAGGUCUCGCAUGAUGAACAGAACUCUUUUUUUCAUCCUGGAUAACAGAAAUACCAAAUUUGAACAAAAUAUCAACAGGUCAAAGGAAGCUUAAACACAGCACAUUUUAGCGUAUCGCAGCAUUUACAGUAUAGGGAUGUAUCUUUCUAUUUUCUUUUUCCUCCUCUUAUGGGCUCAAGCCCUGACAUUGAAAAACUUGAAUUACUCUGUACCAGAAGAACAGGGUCCGGGGACAGUGAUUGGGAACAUUGCCAAAGAUGCCAGACUCGGACUCGAACAGACUGGACAGGGAGGACAGGGUAAAAAAGCCAACUUUCGGGUGCUGGAGAAUUCAGCCCCACAUCUCAUUGACGUGGACCCCCAAAGUGGACUGCUGUACACAAAGCAGCGCAUCGACAGGGAAACAUUGUGUAAGAGAAACCCCAAGUGCCAGCUAUCAAUGGAGGUUUUUGCCAAUGACAAAGAGAUCUGCAUGAUCAAAAUAGAUAUUCAGGACAUUAACGACAACUCACCCAAUUUCCCCUCCGAUCAGAUAGAUAUUGACAUCUCAGAAAAUGCUGUGCCAGGCACACGCUUUCCCCUGACCAGCGCGCAUGAUCCAGAUGCAGGCGAAAAUGGUCUGAAAACCUAUCAAAUAACCCGUGAUGACUACAAUCUUUUUUCCUUGGAGGUAAAAUCCCGCGGGGAUGGGACAAAAUUCCCAGAAUUAGUUAUUCAACGACCAUUGGACAGAGAAGAACGAAGCCAUCACACCCUAAUUUUGUCAGCCACUGAUGGGGGGGAAUAUCCUAGAUCAGGUACCAUGCAGAUUAAUGUUAAAGUAAUUGAUUCAAAUGAUAACAGUCCUGUGUUUGAUCAGCCCUCAUAUGUCGUGGAAAUUCCUGAAAAUUCACCUCCUGGUAAAGUCCUUAUCGAUUUAAAUGCCACAGAUCCUGAUGAGGGCAACAAUGGACAAGUAGUCUAUUCUUUUAGUGGCUAUGCCCCAGAGAGAAUCCGGGAGCUCUUCUCCAUAGAUUCUAGAACAGGGGUCAUAAAGAUUCAGGGUGAAAUUGACUACGAAGAGAGCCCAGUUAUCGAGAUUGACAUUCAGGCAAAGGAUCUAGGUCCCAAUCCAAUCCCAGGCCAUUGUAAAGUCACUGUUAAAGUGCUUGACAGGAAUGAUAACUGGCCAUCUAUAGGCUUUGUGUCUGUGAGACAGGGAGCCAUCAGCGAGGCAGCACCUCCAGGCACUGUCAUUGCUCUGGUCCGUGUCACAGACAAGGACUCAGGCAGGAAUGGGCAGCUUCAAUGCAGAGUCCUGGGUAAUGUCCCUUUUAAACUUGAGGAGAACUAUGAUAACUUCUAUACAGUGGUGACAGAUAGGCCCUUGGACAGAGAGAUGCAGGAUGAGUACAAUGUCACCAUUGUUGCAAAAGACAAUGGCAUCCCUCCUUUAAACUCUACAAAGUCCUUCACUGUAAAGAUUCUGGAUGAGAAUGACAAUGUCCCUCGCUUUACCAAGUCAGUUUACCUUCUUCAGAUUCCUGAGAACAACAUCCCUGGGGAGUACUUAGGCUCAGUCCUGGCACAUGACCCAGACCUUGGCCAGAAUGGCACCGUGUACUAUAGCAUAAUCAACUCCAAUGUGAGUGGGGGUGAUGUCAACACGUAUGUUAAUGUGAAUGCUGCCAAUGGAGCCAUCUAUGCUGUGAGAUCUUUUAACUAUGAGCAGAUCAAAUAUUUUGACUUUAAGGUUCUUGCUAAAGAUGCAGGAUCUCCGCAUCUGGAGAGUAACGCAACAGUGCGCAUCAGUGUUCUGGAUGUCAAUGACAACAUCCCUGUCAUAGUCCUGCCUUUACUCCUAAACGACACCGCUGAAAUCCAUGUGCCACGUAAUGUUGGUGUUGGCUACAUAGUCACCACAGUGAGGGCAGUGGAUAAUGACUAUGGCGAGAGCGGGAGGCUAACCUAUGAGAUCUCAGAUGGCAAUGAGGAGCACCUCUUUGAGAUCGAUCCAGUGACUGGGGAGGUGCGAACAGCCCACCCAUUUUGGGAUGAUGUCAGCCCAAUAGUGGAGCUGAUCAUCCGAGUAUCAGACCACGGCAAGCCAACUCUCACUGCUGCCGCCAGACUCAUCGUCAAGGCUUCCAAUGGACGCCCUCCUGAUGGACUGCCUCGCACAAAGGACAAUCAGAAUUGGGACAUGUCUCUGCCUCUUAUAGUAACUCUAAGUAUUGUAUCCAUCAUGCUUCUGGCUGCCAUGGUGACCAUAGCUAUCAAGUGCAAACGGGAAAACAAGGAGAUCCGUACCUAUAAUUGUCGCAUUGCAGAAUACUCGCACCCUCAACUGGGGAAAGGCAAGAAGAAGAAGAUAAACAAGAACGACAUCAUGCUGGUGCAGAGCGAGGUGGAGGAGCGGGAUGCCAUGAAUGUGAUGAAUGUGGUAAGCAGCCCUUCCUUGGCCACCUCACCCAUGUACUUUGACUACCAGACACGCCUGCCACUCAGCUCACCACGGUCAGAGGUCAUGUACCUCAAGCCCACUGCCAAUAACCUCAGCGUGCCCCAAGGCCACGUGGGAUGCCACACCAGCUUCACAGGCCCAGUCACCAGCACUACAGACACACCUACUAACCGCAUGUCCAUCAUACAGACGGACAAUUUCCCCACUGAGCCUAAUUAUAUGGGUAGCAGACAACAGUUUGUUCAAAGUAGUUCAACAUUCAAAGACCCAGAGCGAGCAAGCCUCAGAGACAGUGGCCAUGGUGACAGCGACCAGGCUGACAGCGACCAGGACACCAAUAAGGGCUCCUGCUGUGACAUGUCUGCAAAAGAAGCCCUCAAGUUGAAGGCUACAGGCGUGAAACCGCCGCCUUUGGAGCAAGAUGAGGAUUGUGUGAAUUGUACAGAGGAGUGCCGGGUACUGGGUCAUUCUGACCGCUGCUGGAUGCCCCAGUUCCCUACAGGAGGAAACCAGGCGGAGGGCAUUGACUACCGCAACAAUAUGUUUGUGCCAGCAGGGAUGGAGACUGUUCCCGAGACAGAAACCUAUGAGACUGUCAACCCCAAUGGCAAGAAGACAUUCUGUACAUUUGGAAAAGAGAGACGUGACCACACUAUUCUGGUUGCCAAUGUCAAGCCCUACUUGAAGGCGAAACGGGCCCUUAGCCCACUGCUCCAAGAGGUACCAUCAGCCUCCAGCAGUCCUACAAAGGGCUGCUCCACCACAUCUCCUUGUUCCUCAAUCAAAAGCCCAGCUGACGGAGCUGAAGGUAAACCUCCUCCCGCCUCGUGCUCUGGCCACUACGGCCCUCCUGAUGGUCAGUACCUGUCCCCAACCAAACAAACCAGAGACCAGGGGGUCUACCCACCCUUGCCGCCCUCAGACCCAGUGGCCAAGGUGCUUGCCGAGGCGCGCUCCAGGAUCAGCCAAGAGGCUACAGGUGAAAUGGAGUGUCCCAUGGAGCAGAUGGAGCCUGACGCAAAUCGUGACGGAAUGGAUGCUGACCAGGUGGUGAGAGACAUCGACAAGCUAUUGCAGGACUGCAGAGGAAGUGAGGCCACUGGCACACUCAGGAAGUGACACAGAGGACUGCAAAAAACAAAAAUGGGAGGUGGAGAGAGGAAUAGGAUGCUAUUCUAAAAACUCUCAUACAAAACUGUCACCAAAACAAAUCAAAAGGUUGAAUGGCUCCUCUGAAAGGAGCUCUUUUCACGCUAUUUGUUGUCGAAAAUUAACGACACUGGACAGAGGAUUGGAACAUUUGUUAUGUCAAUCAUUUUGCACCGGUUUUGGUGUAAAGAUCCCAACCAACAAAAAAGAACUGGGUUACAAACAUCUGAAUUCUGCUGAAUUUAUAAACUCUUUUUUGUUUUGGAUUCUUAAGCAAACUGCAGAGGCUUAUGCCUCUGGCACCUCGCAAGCUAUUAUCUAAGUGCCCACCAGCUCAUAAGUGUGUUGUUCAUGGUCUCUCGUGAAAUCCUACAUAUCUGAGUGUGUAUAGACGGUUUUCUGUUAUGUGUGAUGGCCAUAGAAACUGACUGAAAAAGAACUAUGGUCAGACAUGACAAUCGGCACGGAAACAGAGAAACUAAUUCUAAUCUACUUGGGACAUUGAAAGACCAAAAUACACAAGCAACCUUAUCUUUUCUGACUUUAAUAUUGGUGUUAAAUGUGUGAUGGAUCCUGUAUCUUAACAUGAAGAGAUUGGUUAAUCAGGGGUAUGUUCACAAGGGUCGGUUAUGGACUUGGGGGUUGGACGAGCUGUAAUGCUCUGCUGAAGGAGAAUUAUAAAACAGUGUGACCAUGUUUCACCUGUCAUCUGUAGCCACAUGUGUAAGUUGUGUCUUUCUCACGCCUCUAUUUAAACGUUCAUGUUGCAGAGCGGUGUACUUGCACACACCUAUUUUAUACAUGUGCACUACACUGUUACGCAUACACAUGCACUGAUGCCCCUACGCAAACACACACACACACACACACACACACACACAAGUACAUAUUAUGCUUACACACAACUGGCCAUCUGUGUAAUUGUCUUAUACAUGUACAUCAUCAGCUUUCCGUCCCUUGUGUACAGUGAAUUAUCAUGUGUGUGACUAUGCCUUAAGGCAAUCACGAGUUGUAUAAAAAGGGACAUUUUCCUCAACUGUGAAAAAAGGAUAUCUAUAUGAAUAUAUAGAUGACUAUAUGUAUGAAUCCAUGUAUAGUGUCCAAAUAUUAACAAAAUAUUUAUACAUUUUAUAAAAAAAGAAAUGAGGAAUCUCAGCAAACGUGUCCUACAGUUAAGGUGAAGUGCAGGGCGUUGCUUCAAUGAACUGAAAAGGACACUGCCAUUGUUUUGAAGACAAAUAUCCAAAAAUAUAAAUAAACAAGAAAAUGUCCCUUCACAUUAUCACUAUACAUAAUAUCAUUAUAUGUGUAAAUGUAUCCAAUUUAGAUGUGUUUACAUCAAAAAAUUGACAUAUUUUUAUUGAUUUUUCUGCAAUUUCUGUGCAUUUGAGCCAAAUUGUUAUGUGUACAAAAGCUAUAUUGUGUAUUUUAUUAAAUUAAUAUAUAGUUGUGUUGCAAUAUACAUGGGCUUAUAUUGUAUUUGGCAAAAGUUGCCUUAGUAGCUGUCGAACUCUGUGAGUUUGCUUUAGUUUGGGUUUUGUUGGUCUUUUUUGCCCCCUCUCUAUUCUGCAUCUUUGCAGGCUGGCUUCAGUGCUUUUGAGAUGUCGCCUCUUUUUACCCUGAGAUCCAGCUGGAUCAAAUACAAUAACUGUUGAAAGCUUAAUGAGCCAGCUGAUCUAGAAUACAAUUCAAACCAACAACAAAAAGCAACAACCACACGAAAACAGUUUGACUAUUUUUACUGAGCAGAUUUUUACAGGGCAGCUAUUUUUCUUUAACAACAACUAGUAUGUGUAUUUUGUGUUUCAAUUCCUUUUUACUUUCUUUCCAAAAAAAGAAACCUGCCAUAUGGAAAGCGGAAUGGUUUCCUUGGUGAUCAUAAAACUGCCUUACUGUCUCUGCGGAGAGCUUGUUGUAUCUGUGGAGCUUGUGACUGCUUAUAAAGCCCUGGUCCACCAGAAUGUGCAUUUUCUAUAAAAGGACCAAAAGAGGUUCUUUUCCAGCAGUCUGUGUCGUUUAUGUAUGUACUCCUUCUCAAUACGUGUUUGACUUCUCAUACUUUGCAGAGACACUUGACAUCUGAAAUUCUAUCUGAAGUUCCUUUGGGUUUGAUGUGUUAGCUGUGUAGAUGGACGGUUUAUAUAACCAAGUGUCUUCACAUUCAGGCUUUCUUAAAUAAAAAAAAGAAGAUAGACGUUUAUUUUUGAAAAUUUUGGCACAUUUCGGCCACUCUGCGAUAAUAACGGGAGGUGCUUUUUCUAAUAUUCUCUGAAGGUAAACUACGCAGAACUGUAGGCUGUUAUAUUAGACGUGUUUUUGGAAAAAUGUGACCACAAUCACCAAAUCUAUGGAAGUAAGAUGCAGCCAUGAGAGGGAACAGCGACUUGGUGAACAGUGACCUGGUGUAUUUACUGUAUAAGUGGAUCUGAGCGGAGUUGGAAUCUUGACAGCUGAUAAAACACAUUAUAUCCUGGAGACAUGUCACAGCUUGUGUGUUUUGGUAUUUGCGUUCUUGCAGUUUUUCCUUAGGUAAGAUACAUGCUUGGACAUUUCUCCUGUCAUUCUGUCAUUCUGCUGUUGCCUACUUGUCUUUUUUUCACAUCAUUAUUAUUUUGCUACUCAGCUGUCUGCUUUCUCUUCUCUGAGGAGCAAAGUAACUGUUGCCUUUUCUCUGCUCUUCUUUCUGGAAAAAAAAAAGGUUUCAGUUUACCCCUUUACCUGAGAGGUGGCGGAGGCUGUUUUUAGAAGACGGCUUGGAGGAAUUGACGGUGGAGGAAAAUAUUAGUUUAUUUUUAAAUUCGCUUUUUUUGUCUUUGUAAUCUUGCUCAAGUGUCUGGAUAACUCAAACAUGCUUGACAUUCGCAAAAUACCAAAUAUAAAAACAGUUCAAAUGUUAUAUUUAAAGUUCGCACUGCUACUGUGAUCUACACAAAAACACCACUGCCUUUUAUUCAAACCACACCAUAACCUCUUAAAGGUAAAGUGAAGGCUGGAAGAAAGGGCAAAGGUCAACCCAGACAAAUGUGACGCUUCCACACUUGUCUUUGUCUCUCAUUGUGCUCAGUCAUGUGUAUGUGCUUGAUUCGCAUGUCACUCCAUCAUCUGACGCAACAACUCCUUGCUUAUUUAUCCAUUUACUGUCACCCGUGUACUUCCGAUCUGACUCCAGCUCACAUUAGGGCUCUAUCGCUGUGGUCUCUCUCUUUUAUUUAGUCUUGACCUAAAACAAAGUGCAGGGGUCAACCCGGGAUCCCGUCAUUCGCACAGAUUCAAGCUGCCACGAACAGUCACUGUCACGGCCGAGACGUGUUGUGAGUGCUGUCCCCUCUGAUGCUGUUCUGCUGGCCCAGCCACGCUCCGUAUGCACUCACAAACCGUGGGCAGGAAACGAGCUGGGUCCAUUGGAUGGAAGGUGUUCUUUAAAGCCAUGGCACCCCCCUCCCCCCCCCUCCCCACCUCUCAGGCUAUUUGCAGUGUAAUAGAGCAGAGGCUGCUGCUGAGGUCAACGCAUAGUAGAAGAUUGAACAUAACGCAAGGCCUCUCAUUGCUGUCUAAUUAAACACUGUUGACAUCAUAUACCGUUGGCAGUGGAUUCCGCAAAUCUAGAGUGGGUUAUUUUUGCCCACUUGAGACUGUUGGUUUUGCCGAGUGAUUAGUACGAGGCCUCGUUGGACGUGGCUGACCGCCUCGGGGCUCUGACUCAUGCUGAUGCAGGUGCACACAGACUCAGACAGCCACUGCUUCACACACACACGCAGAGAUGACAUGCCAUUUUGGUUAGUUAAAACAAGCACCCAAUGUUUGUCAGUGUUGCCCCCCUACCCCACCCCACCCUCAAGCCCACACUGAUAGCUUAGGGCUCCACGCUGCAACAGGCAACUGGUGAAAAGACCAGGGACAUUCAUUUGUAUGGAUUACUUCAACUGCUAUUGUCUAAAGGCUGUGUUCAUUGUGAUCUA